AUGGCAUCCCUUCAAGAAGCCAAUAAAGGGACACCUGUGGCAAGUGUUCCCUCUGACGCCUCCGAAUCCACUCAAUCGUGUUGGAAGCUCCCCCCUCAACAGGAAGACAUUCAACGUGAUCUGGAAAAAUUGGCCUCUUUUAUUAACCUCACAAAACGACGCGGAAUGGGUUCUACAGCCUUAGCUGCCCAGCUUUUGCGAGUAGAUGACACUGAUGAGAACUCAAUUCUUAGUUUGUCACUGCCUCUUGGACACCAGAGUGGUAAAGGCAGAUGCCUGGUGAGAAAUAACAAUGCUCAAUUAAAGAACAAAAGAACUAUGAUUUCCACGGAUCUCGACCGCUCCAGCGUGGACUUUGAAUGCGUCAAACAGGGCGAGAAUAGCAAUACCAUGCCCACUGCGAAGUACAUCCGUAUCCAGGCGGAUUGUGCCACGGGAGAGCCAAUGAUAUCAAUCUUUGAUGAGUGUGGUCAAUCACAGGUGGCAUGUGCCUAUCUGGCCAAGGAUUUUAAGCUUGACAUUGACUUCAAAUUAUGGGCGUGUAAUGGUAAUAUUGUAACCCCUUGUCCUACUGUCUGCACCCGUCAAUGUUCUGGGAUGUGUGUCUGUUGCCCCACGCCGGCGGUAAAGUGCACCCCGAUAGUGAAAGCUACCACUUUUAAACCGAAGGCGAGCUUAGGAUGUGUGCCUGCACCGGUGUGUGCAACUGUGUGUGCUCCCUGCCCACCCUGCUCUCCUGUAUGUUCGCCCCCUUGUCCUCCACCAUGCUCCCCACCAUGUCCUCCGCCAUGCCCACCAGUUUGUCCUCCGUGCCCUCCUACCUGUCCACCAUGCCCACCAGUCUGUCCGCCAUGCCCGCCAGUCUGUCCGCCAUGCCCACCGGCCUGUCCGCCAUGCCCGCCAUGUCCCGCACCGUGUCCUCCAGCAUGUCCGCUCCCCUGUCCUCCGGUUGAGCAGGCAUCCUGCGGAAACUGGCACAUUUGGCGAAUUGCAAAUUUCGCCCAAUUGGAAGAAUGUAAUGGAGGUGAGUGGUGUGAACCCUUUUACUUGGGCCAGCCAGGAUACCGAAUGCAAGCCAAGCUGGAAUUUACUACAUAUCUCUUUGGCAUCUACAUCAAACUGGUGCCAGGAGACUAUGAUGACUGUCUGUCGUGGCCCUUCUCGUCGGAUAUUUACUUUUCAAUCUUGGAUCAGACGGGAGCAGGGAAUCACAUUGUGCGAGUGCUGAGACCCUAUUUGAACGACGAAGAUGAGAGGGAGGUGUGGCAAAGACCUACGCGGAUGUCGUGCAACCAGGUGGGAUGGGGAUUGCCCGAUAUUGGACUGAGGUCGUUGGUGCAUUCACGCCUUUGUAGACCAUCACCGUAUCUGAGAAACGGAACGCUGUAUAUACAAAUCACACUGGGGAAGGCUACAUGCGUGCAGGAAGCACUGUGA